CACUGGAAAAAAAAAAAAAUGUGGAGUUAAUUAUCCUCUGUCAGAUGCAGGAAGGGGGCUGUACUUGGAGAUCCCAGCAGAGCCCAAGUGACUUCGGAGUUGUGUGUGCGUGUGUUUUUUUUCUGGAAGGGGUGGAAAGCACCUCGGGAAAUAAAAAGUGCGGGGCCGAGGCCGGGGCUCGCACAGCGGCGGUGGCAGCGGCAGGCGCAGCCCCCAGCCCGGGGAAGCCCGAGUGCCCCCUUCCUGCCUGCUCCCAUCGCUGGCUUUGAUUUUGAUUAUUAUUAUUAUUAUUAUUGUUGUUCGUUUGUUUUGCAAGGACUUGUCUCGUUUUUUGCGGGGAAAAAACCAAGCAAACUUUCUCUCUCCUCCCUUCCUCCCCCCACCUCCUCCUCCCUGGGACGAGCCGCCUAUGCGACUCGGCCCGGGCACGCCGCAGGAUGCAGAACUACAAGUACGACAAAGCCAUCGCUCCGGAGAGCAAGAACGGCGGCAGCCCGGCCCUCAACAACAACCCGGCCAAGGGCAGCAGCAAGAAAGUGCUGCUCAUCUUCCUCGACCUCUUCUGCCUCUUCAUGGCUGGCUUGCCCUUCCUGAUCAUUGAAACCAGCACGAUUCCACCGUAUAAGCGGGGGUUCUACUGUAACGACGAGAGCAUCAAAUACCCCUUGAAAACAGGCGAGACAAUUAACGACGCUGUGCUCUGCGCUGCAGGCAUUCUCAUUGCCAUCCUUGCUAUCAUAACAGGAGAGUUUUACCGGAUCCGCUACUUGAAGGAGAAGUCAAGAUCCUUCAUCACGAACCCGUAUGUGGCAGCUCUGUACAAACAAGUGGGAUGUUUUGCCUUUGGCUGUGCCAUCAGCCAGUCCUUCACAGACAUUGCCAAAGUGUCCGUCGGACGGUUGCGACCUCAUUUCCUGGAAGUUUGCGAUCCAGAUUAUUCAGAAACUGACUGCAAUAAAGGUUACUACAUUCAAAACUACACCUGCAGAGGAAGCGACAGCAAAGUCCAGGAAGCCAGGAAAUCCUUUUUCUCUGGCCAUGCCUCCUUCUCACUCUAUACCAUGCUUUAUUUGGUGUUAUACCUGCAGGCCAGGUUCACGUGGAGAGGAGCCCGCCUGCUACGUCCCCUUCUGCAGUUCACCCUCAUCAUGAUGGCCUUUUACACAGGACUGUCCCGUGUGUCCGACCACAAGCAUCACCCUACGGAUGUGCUGGCAGGGUUUGCACAAGGAGCCCUGGUGGCUUACUGCAUAGUGUUUUACGUCUCGGACCUCUUCAAGCCCAAGAUGAAGACUUCUCUGCCUCCUCCUCCUCCAACGCGGAAGGAGAUUCUUUCAUCUGUGGACAUCAUUGAACGGAACAAUCACCACAAUAUGGUGUAGGCCAUUGAAAAACCUGGUCUUUUUUAUAUUUUAAUUUUAUUUUAAAUUUUUUUUUUGUUGUUGCAAAAAUGACUGCUGACAGCAACUACCUGCUGCUCUCAAAUCUCAUCAGACAGUAGAAUGUAGGGAGAGACUUUCUUGCCCAACCAGUAAGGUCUAACUCUGUGGCCUUUUCACUUGCAACAUUUGCAUGAAAUAGGUGUUGUUCAAAAAAAAAAAAAAAAAAAAAAAAAAAAAAAAAAAAAAACCAGUGAAAAAGGAAAGAAAUAGUGGUGCCGGAGUUCUGGAUGUGCAAUUGGUUGAGUGUUCAUGUUAUAGUGAACACCAAAUUGUUCAUAGCGUAAUGAACACUAAAUGAUUAUGUGAAGCCGGCCAGCGUUUUUACUAUGAAUAUUUCCAAUGCCUGUAAGAAAACAAGAAACUCACAACUAAAAUGAUAUAGCACUAUGUACAAGAAACAGCACUGAUUCAAGAUUUGGGAUUGGUCUAUACGAGUUGCUACUUUUGUUCUUCGCAUUAAUAUUGGUUUGCUCAACUCUAUUCCAUACUGUGACUUAGUUUAGAAGUUUGCCCUCGCAAAGGUGUCUGAAGGGUGUCUGCUCACACUAUACAAGUUUAAAAGAGUUAACACUAUAAGAGAUUUCCACAACAGAUUGAACGCGAAUGAAUCCAUCAUCCAGUUAGAACCCAAAUCUCUUCAUUUCUAUCGUAUCCCCCGUGACAGGCUAACUGUAUGAGGCAUCAAGCACACACAAAAGCAACAAAUGGUCUAAUAAAACAAAAAAACCCAACUUCCUUCGUUUCCCUUCACCCCUACAAGUUGCAGCAGAAUUUUCUUUGCUAUUAUUGCUGCCACCCUUGGGAGUUCAUGUCAUGUAAAAUGUUAGUGGUUGGACUUAUUGAAGAUAUGUUAGCACUAUGUACUUGGGAUUGAGUCCCAGGGAACAUUGGUUCUGCAGUUUUGGGACGGGCUGCUGGGCGGAACGUCCCAGCCUGGAUUUCAGUCAGUUUGUGCAUUCCCCUCAAUGCCUGUGGGUAGUGCCAUGGUAUAAGCCAUUCAAUAGGCCAAAUUCUGUCUUCCGCUACACAGUGGUAAAUCAAUAAGGUGUACAUGAGAGUGGGAUUUUACCCCGCAACCCUAGUUCUUUGGCUUUCUGAUGGGAAUUAAAGCUAAACGUUUAAGAUGAAGGUUAAAAACUUUUCAAGGCCUUCACUGAAAAGGGAUCACGCAUACUACGCAGAAUGGCCAUUUGCACAUCCUCUCUUACAGAAUCCGUCCUAUCAUUUCAACUAUAGCAAGCUAUGAUUUUUAUAUAUAAAUAUUAUAUAAAUAAUGUAUAAAACAUUAAAAAUUAACUAUGUAAAAUAUUAUUUCUGAAACAAUUUUUAGAUAUAUCCACUAUGAUUAUAAACUGUGUCCUGACCUGUGUUAUUUACAUUUUGCUGCUUAAAAAAGCAUUGAAUUAAUUUUUUUAUAGUCGACUAAAAUAUUGUAGUUCUGUGGUAGUAAUAUUUUAAUGAAAAUAACUACAAUUAGAGACAUUUGUAUAAAAAAUCAUAUUAAAUUGUCUGUAUUUUUGUAAUGUUUCAUUUUGUAAAGAGAAGAAUAUUCAAAGACUUUUGUAGAAUACAAAAUUAAAGUUUGUAUCUGCGAAA